CAAGAGACAAUGUCGGGUCAGCAAUUUAGUGGGGACUGUUGGGACCAACUCAAUAGUUCUCUGUCUUGAAGCUGCCCCGGAAUAAACAUUUUUUUUACGUAUUAUUUUUAUUAUAAUAUUCGAAAAGUGCGCAUCGUGGUUUUUGUUACCGCUUUUUCGAGAAAAAUGAAAUUUUGUUUGUCUAUUAGCAGUGGUUUUCUAGUGAUUUAGUGACUUUCGAACAACUACACUAAUCGUUUAUAUGCUUUAGGAAAUAUUAUUAAGAAAAGAUGGACAACUGUAUUAAACUUAACAAGCAAAACCCAAAAAAGGAAGCCAAUUGUAUUUCAAAACUAUUUUUUGUGUGGCUAGUAAAAAUAAUAUACAAGGCUACAAAACAGCCCCUUUCAGUGGACGAUUUGUAUCAAAGUAUGGACUCUGAUGGUUCUUGUAAAUUAACUGAUACAUUAGAAAAACAUUGGGAAGAUGAACUGUGGAAAGCGAAAACAAAAAAUUCGAAGCCAAGCCUUCUUUGUGCCAUCACAAAAACUUUUUUAGCUCAAUUCUCUUUAGCUGGACUAGCUUUAUUUAUAGCUUUCGCUAUCCUAAAACCUCUACAUCCUGUCAUAUUAGCGACAUUCAUUCAAUUAUUUUAUGUGGUUAACGAAGAAGUAGACGAAGAAAAUCGGAAACACAAAAUAAUUUAUGGAUCUUUAAUGAUAGCUAUAUCUAUAGUUUUUAUCUUCUUGAUGCAUCAUGCUAAUUUAGCUGCAGGACGUGUUGGUAUGAGAGUUAGGAUUGCUUGUUGUUCAUUAGUCUAUAGAAAGUUGCUGAAAUUAAGUAAAAAAUCUCUGAAUGACACAGCCGCAGGUCAAGUAGUAAAUUUACUUUCAAACGAUGUAAAUCGUUUCGAUUUGGUGGUAAUAUUUUUACAUUUCGUUUGGAUUAUGCCUCUCCAAGCAGUUAUAUUGAGUUACUUAAUAUGGAUGGAGGUAGGACCAUCGGCUCUGGCUGGAGUAUUGGCCAUGAUCCUUCUUACCAUUCCCGUUCAAGGAUAUUUGGGAAAAUUGGCGUCAACUCUUCGGUUAAAAGUUGCGAAAAAAACUGACAGCAGGGUAAAAAUAAUGAGCGAAUUAAUUUCUGGCAUCCAAGUAAUAAAAAUGUACGCAUGGGAAAAGCCGUUUGCGGAUGUCGUAAAGAUGUCCAGAUCGAAUGAGAUCAAGACAAUAACUAUGGCAAACUUCCUGAAGGGUGUAAACCUAAGUUCGGCCGUGUUUUUGGAACGGCUGGUUCUUUACCUGACGAUUCUAACGUACGUUUUAUUAGGAAGCAAAAUAACAGCCGAUAAAGUUUUUUCCAUUGCCCAAUUGUUUAAUACCAUGCAAUUAACCAUGGCGAUAUUUUACCCGAAUGCAGUCACUUUAGGAUCCGAAUGUCUCGUAUCUGUUAAACGUCUUCAAGACUUUUUGUUACUGGAAGAAAAGCCGACCCCCAAAAUAGUCAAAAAGACCCAUAAGUCCGUCAUUUUGGACAAUAUAACCGCUUUCUGGUCACCUUCCGUAGCAACACUAAAAGAUCUCACAUUUAGAGUAAAUUCAGGUGAACUGUGUGCCAUAGUGGGACCCGUUGGUUCAGGAAAGAGCUCCAUUCUUCAGCUUCUACUCGGAGAGCUACUUCCUUCAGAAGGAAACUUAGAAGUUGGCGGUAGUAUUUCAUACGCUUCUCAGGAACCAUGGCUCUUUGUUUCUACCGUUCAAAAAAAUAUUCUUUUCGGACAAAAGUACAAGGAGAAUUACUACAAACAGGUUGUUAAGGUUUGCGCUCUUGAAACAGAUUUCAAACAAUUUCCUUAUGGUGACAAAACUCUCGUUGGAGAAAGAGGAGUGUCGCUCAGCGGUGGACAGAAAGCCAGAAUAAAUUUGGCAAGAGCUGUCUAUAGAGAGGCUGACAUUUAUCUAUUAGACGAUCCCCUUUCUGCCGUUGACACCCAUGUAGGAAAGCACUUGUUCGAGGAAUGUAUCAUAAAAUAUUUGAGAGGAAAAACGAGGAUUUUGGUAACUCAUCAACUUCAAUAUCUGAAGAAAGCAGACAAAAUUAUUGUACUGAACGACGGUAGAAUUGAAGCUUAUGGUUCGUUUGAAGAAUUAAGUAAGCACACACAUUUGAGCUUUACGAACUUACUGAUAUCUUCAAGUGAGUCAUCCGAAACAGUGAAGAAAACUGCCGAAGUGAAGAGGACAGAAUCAAUAAUAUCUACAAAGAGUGUAAAAUCGGAGUCCAGUGUUCAGCAAGAGGACGAAGAAGAAAACGAAGAGAAAGUCAAUAAGUUGGGAGCUAAAGCUUAUGUUGAUUAUGCAAGAUCUGGAGGAAAUUUCUUCAUUUUAGCAGGCGUUAUUAUAAUGUUGGUUGCUGCUCAACUUGCAUCUAGUGCUGCAGAUUAUUGGACUUCUUAUUGGACUUCCCAGGAAGAGAGAAGAUUUAUAUUGAUGUUAAACUGUACAGCUGAACAUCAUCCAGAAAUUUUAUUACCGGAGUUCGGGGAAAACUCGACCAACUACCUAUAUAACGUAUCAAAUAGUAACUCGACGUAUUAUCAGGACUGUAGGGAGGAUGAUUUCGAUCUUAUAUCGACCAACUCUGCUUUAUUAGUUUACACAUUACUUAUUCUUGGAAGUAUAGUAAUAACCACGUCGAGGUCUAUGUUUUUCUUGAAGGUGUGCAUGAGGGCGUCUAAAAAAUUACAUGGACUCAUGUUUAAUUCGCUGCUGGUGGCACCAAUGCGAUUUUUUGACACGAACCCCAGUGGUAGAAUUCUUAACAGGUUUUCAAGAGACAUGGGAAUAAUUGAUGAACUUUUACCCAGAAUUAUGUUAGAAACACUCCAGAUUUUAUUUGUAAUGAUUGGAAUACUAAUAAACGUUUCGAUAGCGAACGACUGGAUGAUUAUAGUGGCUGUAAUAUUAGGGGCAGUUUUUAUUAAAGUGCAAAGUUGGUACGUUGCUUCUGCCAGAGAUAUCAAGCAUUUGGAAGGGACAACAAGAAGUCCAGUCUUUUCUCAUUUAAAUGCUUCAUUGAAUGGCAUUACCACAAUUAGGGCAUCUGCUGCCGAGAUGCCUUUGAGGAAAGAGUUUGAUUCACAUCAGGAUACGCAUACUUCGGCGUGGUAUCUAACGAUAGCUUGUAUAUCUGCUUUUGGUCUUUGGUUAGAUAUUUUAAGUGUGCUUUAUAUAGCAUGUGUUGCAUUUAGCUUUGUUUUUAUGAACGCAAGUGGUAGUUAUGUUGGUUUGGCUGUUUCUCAAUCGUUAACUUUAACCGGAAUGCUGCAAUUUGGCAUGAGGCAAAUGGCGGAAGUGAUAAGUUACAUGACAUGCGUGGAAAGGGUCCUUGAGUAUACGACUCUGGACAAGGAAGGACCAUUCGAAACGGCCAAAGAAAAUAAACCACAAAAAAUGUGGCCUAGUAAGGGACAAAUAAUAUUCCAGCACGUAUUUUUACAAUAUUCUCCCGAUGAUCCUCCUGUACUAAAAGACCUCAGUUUUUAUGUUAAAGGAGGGGAAAAGGUCGGAAUUGUUGGACGAACUGGCGCUGGUAAAUCGUCGUUAAUAUCUGCUUUGUUUCGACUUACAAACAUUGAUGGUACUAUUUUUAUUGAUGGCGUUGAUACUAAAUUGAUGGGAUUAAAUGAAUUGAGAAGAAGUAUUUCUAUAAUACCCCAGGAACCAGUGUUAUUUUCUGCAUCAAUGAGGUACAAUUUGGAUCCAUUUGAUGAAUAUGAAGACAAGGCAGUAUGGCACGCAUUAGAAGAGGUCGAGUUAAAGGAAUCGGUUGCGUCGCUGGACCUUUUGGUACAAGAAGGAGGAAGUAACUUUAGUGUUGGUCAACGCCAACUGAUUUGUUUGGCUCGAGCGAUAUUGCGGAACAACAAAGUUUUAGUGUUAGAUGAAGCCACAGCCAAUGUUGAUCCAAGAACGGACGCACUCAUACAAGCGACAAUUCGACGAAAAUUCAAAACGUGCACAGUAUUGACUAUAGCGCAUCGUUUGAAUACGAUAAUGGAUUCAGACAAAGUGCUGGUAAUGGACGGAGGCAGAAUUGCAGAGUACGAUCACCCCCAUAAACUCUUACAAAACGCGCAGGGACAUUUUUACAAAAUGGUUGCCGAAACGGGCCCUUCGAUGGCCGUCCAACUUCACGACGCUGCUUACAGGGCUUACAAGAAUAGUUACUACAAUGACGAUGACGUUACCAAAAUGUAGCAAUAAAGCAAAAUAAAUAAAUAAUUAUACAGCUA